CAUGGUCUGAGCUCACAGACAACAUUGGCUGCAGAGGGGAUGACUUGAGGGCUCUGGAGAAGUUGUUCAGGCGAAUAAAUACAGCUGUCUGCCUAGUUUAACUUCCACCUGGCGUUCCUACAUUUGGAUAUCCGCGACAGCUUCCUGUGUGAAAGCAGGAGACCAAAGUUAAAGGCUACCAAAGUGUCCCCGGCUCCUUCUAAGCUGCAUUAUAUCAAGCAUCUGCUCGGCUAGCUCGUUAGCUAACUGUGGGAAAAUGAACGGCCAGCUGAACGGCUUCCACAACGACUCCGUCUACGAUGAGGACUGCUUCCUCUUCACCUCUGAAUCUGUCGGAGAAGGACACCCCGAUAAAAUAUGUGACCAAAUCAGUGACGCCGUGUUGGAUGCCCACCUCAGACAAGAUCCUGAUGCCAAAGUAGCAUGUGAGACUGUUGCUAAGACGGGGAUGAUCCUGCUGGCGGGGGAGAUCACCUCCAGGGCCAACGUAGACUACCAGAAGAUUGUCAGGGAUGCAAUCAAGCACAUUGGCUAUGACGACUCCUCCAAAGGCUUUGACUAUAAGACCUGCAACGUUCUGGUGGCUUUGGAGCAGCAGUCCCCUGACAUUGCUCAGGGUGUUCACCUGGAUCGCAAAGAGGAGGACGUGGGAGCCGGCGACCAGGGUCUGAUGUUUGGAUACGCCACCGAUGAGACCGAGGAGUGUAUGCCUCUCACUGUCAUCCUGGCUCACAAGCUGAAUGCCAAGAUGGCGGAAUUACGCCGAGAUGGAACGCUGCCGUGGCUCCGACCCGACUCCAAAACUCAGGUGACGGUUCAGUACCGGCAGGACAGAGGAGCCAUGGUGCCGCUGCGUGUCCACACCAUUGUGAUCUCGGUGCAACACAACGAGUGUGUAAGUUUGGAUGAGAUGCGUCAUCGUCUGAAGGAGCAGGUGGUGAAAGCUGUGGUUCCCAGUGGAUACCUGGAUGAUGACACCGUCUACCACCUGCAGCCCAGCGGCCGCUUUGUCAUCGGAGGACCACAGGGUGAUGCUGGUCUGACUGGGCGUAAGAUCAUUGUUGAUACUUAUGGAGGAUGGGGAGCUCAUGGAGGCGGAGCUUUUUCUGGGAAGGACUACACAAAGGUCGAUCGCUCUGCAGCCUAUGCUGCCCGCUGGGUGGCCAAGUCUCUUGUCAAAGCUGGACUCUGCAAACGUGUCUUGGUCCAGGUCUCCUAUGCUAUUGGAGUUGCCCAUCCCCUCUCUGUCUCCAUCUUCCACUAUGGGACCUCCCAGAAGAGCGAGAAGGAGCUGUUGGACAUCGUGAAGAAGAACUUUGACCUCCGUCCAGGGGUUAUCGUGAGGGAUCUUGACCUGAAGAAGCCCAUCUACCAGGGCACAGCAGCUUAUGGUCACUUUGGUCGUGAUGUCUUUUCAUGGGAGGUGCCCAAGAAGCUGAAAUACUGAACCUCUCUUCUCUCCUAGCAGGCUUUAGGUGUUCUGCAGAAAAUCCUGUGUGUUUGUCUACCGUCCUUCUCUUCCUUCUUCUCUUCCCUCUUCUUCCUCACACUCACAAUCACAUCACGAGAGCCUCUGUUAGAUUAAGAAACACCCCUUUGUCCACUUGUUAGCACAGAUCAUUAAAGAGAAAACAAUAGUUAUUUUAGUUGCUGACAUCUACCAAUCUAAGUGGUGCUACCAGCCAUUAUUCAUCUAUUUGGUGGUGAUUAAUGAUCAUCUAGUUUCCUGACACUACGAGUUAAGAGUGCACUAACUUCUUAAUCAGUGAAUCUGUUAAAGGGGAACUUCGGUUUUUUCCAACCUGGGGUCUGUUUUCAUAUGUCUUUUCAUACAUGUGAGUGAUGGAGAAAUGAAUUUUCGACAUAGCUCCAGUAUUUAGCCAGGCAGGCAGCUUAGCAGCUCAGCUAGCAGCUCGGCUAGCGAAAAGUACGGCGCAACUUGCCCCCCUGCGUCAAAAUCCGCCCUAACGUGCUUUUUUUCCCCACACUAACCGGCUCAGAUAGUCUCAAUGAGUGUCCCACAACAUACUAGAGAUGAGAAGUGAA